AUGGGGUUGUCCAUUAUCGAGGAGCAGCACAAUGUUAUCUUGCAGGAAAUCAAGAACAUUACGCAGAACGACUGGAAAUGCCUGAUUGUGGACGAGACCUCCAAGAAGAUUGUCGACAAUGUGGUCAAGUCGGAUGACAUCCUCAACAGCAACAUUGCCACCAUCGAGCUCAUCGAAGCACGUCGCGAGUUCAACCCGGAGAUGGACGCAAUCUACCUGCUCAGCCCCGAGCCGCACAUUGUCGAAUGCCUGCUGGCCGAUUUCGAGGUACGGCGCUACCGGAGAGGCUUCCUGGUGUGGACGAACUUGUUGGACCCUGGGCUGCGGAGACGGAUCGACGAGUUCCCGGGGGUGCGGCAGCUGCGCGCGAGCUCGCGGACGCUCUUUGUAGACUUUUAUCCUCGAGAGACACACCUGGUGACGUUUCGCGAUCCGUGGAGUUUUCCCAUGCUUUUUCACCCGGCGUGCAACGCGCUCGUCCCUAAGCACCUGCAGCUGCUUGCGCAAAGGAUUGCGGGAAUAUGCAUUACGCUGGGAGAGUAUCCCAAGGUAAGAUACUACCGGCCGAAGAAUGCUGUUCACGAAGCGUCCGUCCUGUGCACACAUCUGGCGAGAUUCGUACAAGAAGAACUGGACGGCUAUGCUCAGUGGGAUUCCAACUUCCCGCCUCCGUCAACCAGGCCACAGUCGACACUGCUGAUAACGGACCGCUCGAUGGACCUCAUGGCACCGCUGGUACACGAGUUCACAUACCAAGCCAUGGCGCACGAUCUGCUCCCCAUCAAGGACGGCGACAAGGUGACCUUUCACACGAUAAUCAACGAGGGAACGCCGGAGGCACAGGAGAAGGAUAUGGAGUUGGCGGAAAAGGACAAGAUCUGGGUCGAAAACCGCCAUCGUCACAUGAAGGACACGAUUGACAAGCUCAUGGGCGACUUCCGGAAGUUCUUGGACCAAAACCCCCACUUCACCAAAGAGAAUCCCGAUACGACGAGCCUGAGCGCCAUUCGAGACAUGAUGGCGGGGCUGCCCCAGUUUCAGGAGAUGAAGGAGGCCUACUCUCUGCAUCUCACCAUGGCCCAGGAGUGUAUGAACAUCUUCCAGCGCCACAAACUGUCCGACACCGCGGUCACGGAGCAGACGCUUGCUACCGGGCUGGAUGAAGACUACAAGAAGCCAAAGAACAUUCUGGAUUCAGUGGUGCGAUUGCUGGACGACGAUGCGGUAACUCCGGGAGACCGACUGCGCCUGGUCGCCAUGUAUGCGCUAUACCGUGACGGCAUGAUAUUGGACGAUAUCAAGAAACUGCUUGCGCACUCGAAGCUGCCGCCUCAAGAUGCCGAAACUGUCCUCAACCUUGAGCAUAUCGGCGGGAGGCCCAUCAAGCAGCUGAAGGAGCAGCGACAGCCGAUACCUCCCCUAUUCCCUGUUGACACGAAGAAUGCGCAGAACGAGGACGACUACUCCCUGACCCGCUUCGAGCCUGUUCUCAAACAGGUGCUGGAUAAUCUGACCAAGGGAACUCUAGAUCAGACCGUCUUCCCGUACGUCAAGCCGCCGCUCGAUCCCAACGAAGACCUUAUGGCCGCUCAAGCAGGCUCACUCCGUGCUGCCGGACGACCAAACUGGGCGGCGGCGGGACGACGGCCGCCCGAGAACCGCCAGAGGCUGAUUGUCUUCAUGGCCGGCGGUGCUACAUAUAGCGAGAGCAGGGCGUGCUACGAGAUGAGCAACGAGCGAAGCCGUGAUAUCAUCCUGGCGACCUCCCACAUGCUCACCCCCCAGCUCUUCCUUCGACAGAUUGGAGACUUGAGCCGCGAUAAAAGACAGCUAGAUCUCCCCGUCGAGCGCAAGAGGCACGCGCCCCAGCAUCUCUUUGAGCGUCCAGCGCCGCCACCUCCUCCGCCCCAGGCCGCCCGCCCGCCACCACAGCAGCAGCCGAUGGCUCCAGGAGUGCCUCGGCCUGGCGUUGCCCCGAACCAGCCAAUGUCGCGGCCAGGCGGUCUCCCCAGUCGACCGUCUCCUGGCGGCGCGGUUCCCACGCAAGCCAUGGCAAACAUGCACAUCAACAACUCGAGCGGACACCGGCCCACGACCUCGAACAGCUCAUACGACGACGGCAAGGCGCACAAGGAGAAGAAGAGGAGGAACUUCUUGGGCUUGAAGAAGUAG